GCAGCGACGUCACCCCCGGGCCCCGCUCCCAGCGGGGGCGGCUCGGAGCGGGCCCCCGCACCGGCACCGGCGACAGCCCCGGGACGGGGGCGACACCCCCCGGACACCGGCGACUCCGCUGGACACCGGUGACAGCCCCGGGGGGGCUUUGGGGGGCUCCCGGUGCCACCCCGGGACCCCUUUAAAACCGCGGGGGCGGCUCCGAUCGGGCCGGUACCGGGUCCCGGUGCCACCCCCGGGAGGGAUCGAGGGUGCGACCCCCUGGUGCCGGUGCCAUCCCCGGUUCCCGGUCCACCCCCCGGUUCCCGGUGCCGCGUUUUUAAGGCGGGUGGGGCUCUGCUCGAACCGGUCCCGGUUCCCGGUACCACCCCCGGGGGGAGGUGAGGGUGCUACCCCCCCCAAUCCCGGUCCCGGUUGCCGGUGCCGCGUUUUUUACGGCGGGGGGCUCUGAUCGAACCGAUCCCGGUCCCGAUUGACGGUGCCACCCCCGAUUCCCGGUACCGCGUUUUUACCGCGGUGGGGAGGGAGGCUCUCCUCGAGCCGCUGCCGGUUCCCGGUGUCACCGGGGGGGGUGAUGGGCACGGGGCGCUGCCGGUGGCGGCGGCGACAAUGACGGUGCCGCUGCUGAAGAUCGGGGCCGUGCUCAGCACCAUGGCCAUGGUCACCAACUGGAUGUCCCAGACCCUCCCGUCGCUCGUGGGGCUCAACGGCACCGCCGUGUCCCGGGCCGGGACAUCCGAGAAAAUCACCCUUUUCCAGAGCCCAGACGAGGGCUGGCAGGUUUUCACCUCGGCGCAGGCUCCGGACGGGAAAUGUCUCUGCACCGCCGUGAUUCCCGUGCAGGGAUCCUGCUCCCGGGACCUCCGCAGCCUCCAGCUCCGGCAGCUCCUGGAAAAGGUGCAGAACAUCUCCCAGUCCAUGGAAGUCCUGGACCUCCGCACCUUCCGGGACCUGCAGUACGUGCGGAACACGGAGGCGCUGAUGAAGGGCCUGGACUCGCGGCUCCGCGUGGCCUCUGAGGGCCACAAAGCCCUCAACGCCCGCAGCUUCCAGGAUCUGAAGGAGAAGAUGCGGGAGCUGCUGCCGCUGCUGCCGGUGCUGGAGCAGUACAAGGCGGACUCGCGGCUCAUCGUGCACCUCAAGGACGAGGUCAGGAACCUCUCUGGGAUUCUCCUGGCCAUCCAGGAGGAGAUGGGAGCCUACGACUACGAGGAGCUGCAGCAGCGCGUGCUGCUGCUGGAGGCGCGGCUGCACGCCUGCCUGCAGAAACUAGGCUGUGGGAAGCUGACAGGGGUCAGCAAUCCCAUCACCAUCCGCGCCUCGGGAUCGCGCUUUGGAUCCUGGAUGACCGACACCAUGACGCCCAGCACGGACAGCCGGGUGUGGUACAUGGAUGGCUACUACAAGGGCCGUCGCGUGCUGGAAUUCCGCAGCCUCACCGACUUCGUCUCCGGCCAAAACUUUGUCCAGCACCUCCUGCCUCACCCUUGGGCCGGCACCGGCCACGUGGUCUUCAACGGCUCCUUGUACUACAACAAAUUCCAGAGCAACGUCGCCGUCCGGUACCACUUCCGAUCCCGCAGCGUCCUGGUGCAGCGCAGCCUCGCCGGCGCCGGGUACAACAACACCUUCCCCUACUCCUGGGGCGGCUUUUCUGACAUCGACUUCAUGGUGGAUGAAAACGGACUUUGGGCCGUCUACACCACCAACCAAAACGCCGGGAAUAUCGUGGUGAGCCGGGUGGAUCCACACACUUUGGAAGUGCUGCGGAGCUGGGAUACGGGAUACCCCAAGCGGAGCGCGGGCGAGUCCUUCAUGAUCUGCGGGAUUCUCUACGUCACCAAUUCCCACCUGGCCGGCGCCAAGAUUUAUUUCGCCUAUCACACGAACACUUCCAGCUACGAGUACACGGAUAUCCCCUUCCAUAAUCAGUAUUCCCACAUUUCCAUGCUGGACUACAACCCGCGGGAGAGGGUGCUCUACACCUGGAAUAACGGCCACCAGGUCAUCUACAACGUCACGCUCUUCCACGUCAUCAACACGGCCGGAGAGCUGUGAUGGACAUUCCCAAGGGGAGGGAGAAUUCCCAGCUUUUUGUUUUCUAUGCUUCCACGCUUCCCCUUUAACGUCUGCGGAAUUCUGGAGGGAUGCAAUGAUGAGAUGGAAAUUCCCGGUUGUCAGUGUGUCCCAAACUCUACUUCUGCUUUAUUCCAAUUAUUUCAUGCCUAUGCUGCAUUCCCCUCUUUUUUCCCCCUCUUUUUCCCCUUUUUUUUCUUUUUUCCCCUCUUUCCCCCCCCUUUUAAAAUCUUUUUUCCCUUUUUUGUCCCCUUUUCCCCCCUUCUUUCCCCCAUUUCUCCCUUUUUCCCCCCUUUAUUUCCCCAUUUUUUCCCCCCAGCUCUUUGGAUUUUUUUUUCCCCACAUUUUUCUCCCAAUUCUGCAAUUUUUUCCCUUCCUCCUCCUCCUCGGUUCCUCUGGAAUUCCGUCGGAUUCAUGGCGCAUGGAGCUGCUCUGCCUUGGGUUUUUCCGUAUUUUUUUUGGGAAUUUCGGGGCCAAAUUCCAUCUUUAUUUCGACGGCAAAUAAAAAAAAAAAAAUCUCUCUGGCCUUUGGUGGGAGUUGAUGGCUUCCCCCCCCCCUCCUUUCUGCCCUGUUUUAAAUUAUUUUUAAAAUUUAUUAUUUUAAUUUCUCGCU